UUGGAACCUUAUGAAAUCGAAGCUAUUUGUUUAUUUUGAGAUUUGGUGUGUACAUACAUAUGUAUAUAUAUAUAUAUAUGAAAGUAAUUAAUUGAAGGAGCAUCGUUAAGUGAACUCAACUGAAUAUGAGUGAUGAUCCAGACUACGAGGGACCGCCCACAACAAGACGAAAUCUGCGCCAGCGCCCUCAGCGAAAAACCGGCGAAACACACGAUGAUGGAAUGGAAGAAAAGACAAAGCGAAAAGUGAAGAGAAAAGGCUAUUACUAUGGGAAAGCCACCGCAUAUGAUGACUGUGGCAAUAUUCGUCACAAUGGAUUAGAUGUAUGCGAUUGUAUGAACGCAAACUGUGUAGGAUGCUGGAACGAGUGCCCCAACUGUGGCUCAACCAGAUGUGGUCCGCAUUGUCGUGUAAAUCGGAAAUUCUACUACGACAGUAUCAUACACGAUGGGAAGGAUCUGGUCAUAACUAAUAAGCAAUUUCCUAAAUAGACCUGAAUACGCUAUAUAAUAAGUACAUGUAUAUUUAAUUCGUAAAUCAUUAAUGAUCAUUUUUGAGGGAUAUUCAAAUGUUAAAUCGAAUGUAUUGGAGAUGAACUCGGAAACACAUAAUUAUGUUAAAU